CAAAAAUCCUUCUGUUUGAAGGGAACUGUCGAACGAGUAAGUACGGGAAGGCGAAAAUUAAUCAAAUUUCCAAUUUGUGCUUGAAGUUUCCGUGUUGAAAUCAUAAAUCAAGAAAUUUGUCAAGAAAAUAUAUUUGUGCAGCGCACUAUCGAAUCAACUAAAUUUCGAGGAAAAACUUAGUGUUAAACUUAGUGAUUGCCAUGAAUGAGAACAAUCCACAAGCCCCGACUCAGCUACUGGCUAACGGAGUCAAUCUUUUGCAACUGCAAGCCCUCAAAUGGCUAUACGCUCAGGCCCAGCAAAAGAUUGCAAGUGGAGUUAAUAUGCCGGGAGUUGCCCAAUCCAGUGGUCAGGUGCCACCAACUAAUUCCGUUCAGUCGAGUCUGAACAAUUGGCUCUCGGCCAACCAAGCCGGCGUUGGAGCACAGCAGCAGCAGCAACAACAGCCGCUUUAUAAUAACUUGAGCCAAUGGGGUGCCGACGGCAUCAAGCAACUCUACAAUCAUGCGCAGAGCGCCAACCAGACCAGUCUCCCACUCAACUUUGGGCAGUCGCAGAAUAGCAUGCCAUUUAACUUUGGGCAGUCGCAGUCGCAGCCGCUGCAGAAUAACUUCCCAUUUAACUUUGGGCAGUCGCAGUCAGAGCAGUACCCUAAUACCAACACCUUGUAUAAUAUUUGGCAGUCAGAGCCGCAGUCGCAGCGGCAGCUACAGUCGCCGCAGUCGCCGCUGUUGUCGCAGCCGCAGUCGCAAUGGUUGCCGCUGCCGCAGUCGAAGUCGCAAUUGUUGCCGCAGCCGCAGUCGAACUAA